AUGCUUCUCACCUGGCUGAAGGACACCUUCACCAUGGUCGACCGCAAGAGAAAAGGUGCCGACUACAUAUGGGAUGUGGUUCUAUUAUUAGGAACGGCUGGCCUGGCAUGGUACCUCACCAAUAAUGCCUUAUCGAGUCUCCAAGGAACACUUGCCGAUCCCGACAAAGAGAAACACGAACAAGCUCGUAUCAGGGCGAAAGCAAACCUCUCCCGUUUACGAAAAUCGCGAGAAAACGGCAAUGGCGAAGGUGACGAAGCCUUUGGUGAUGACUCGGCAAAUGGAGGCCGGGAAGGAACCGAAGACCUAGUGUUGAAUGAAUAUGAAAACAUAGUUGCUCUUGAGGUCGUCGCACCGGAAGACAUUCCCGUAGGGUUUGAUGAUAUUGGUGGCUUAGACGAUAUAAUUGAGGAGGUUAAGGAGUCGGUCAUUUAUCCAUUGACCAUGCCUCAUCUCUACUCACAUGCUGCACCGCUACUGUCAGCACCAUCGGGUGUCUUGCUAUACGGACCGCCGGGUUGCGGCAAGACGAUGCUGGCGAAGGCCGUUGCACGUGAAAGUGGCGCGUCAUUCAUCAAUCUACACAUCUCAACGCUAACAGAGAAGUGGUAUGGAGACUCCAAUAAGCUAGUGCGCGCGGUAUUCUCGCUCGCUCGCAAACUUCAGCCCACAAUCAUCUUCAUAGACGAGAUAGAUGCUGUCUUGGGGACCCGGAGAAGCGGAGAGCAUGAAGCUAGUGGGAUGGUCAAAGCAGAGUUCAUGACACUCUGGGACGGUCUCACCUCCGCAAAUACGCGUGGGCUGCCAGCGCGAAUCGUUGUCUUGGGGGCAACCAACCGAAUUCACGACAUCGAUGAAGCAAUCCUAAGGCGAAUGCCCAAGAAAUUCCCAGUCUCAUUACCUGAUAAAGCACAAAGACUUCGGAUCUUGCAACUUCUGCUGAAGGAUACGAAGACAGAGCCUGACCAUUUCAAUAUGGAGUACAUCGCAAGAAUCACGGCUGGUAUGUCGGGUAGCGACAUCAAGGAAGCUUGUCGAGAUGCUGCCAUGGCACCAGUUCGCGAAUACAUUCGGGAACACCGGGCGAGUGGGAACGCCAUGUCGAGCAUCGACCCAACAAAAGUACGCGGCAUUCGGACGGAAGAUUUCUUCGGGCGAAAAGGCGGCGGGCAAAUCCUGAUGCAAAACCAUUCACGUGCCAAGUCUUCCAGUGACGAGUAUGAGGAUGUCGAGGAUGAAGAGGAGGUUACAGCGGACACAUCAACGUCUGCUGCAAAAGUCACGGAGCAAUCGGCAUGA